GCCUUGAGUCACCUAUUCCCUGGGCAGUCGAGAACCGACUGUCAUCAAAUCAUUGCUCCGACCUGACAUUCCUACUUAUUAUCAAUUCCGAAAUGGAGGAGUACAACCGGGAACCGUGUCCCUUUCGCGUCAUCGAGGACUGCGGGGGAGCCUUCGCCAUGGGCGCUGUGUGCGGAGGAGUCUUCCAGGCCAUCAAGGGAUUUCGCAACGCCCCCUCGGGUUUCGGGCACCGCAUUGCCGGAAGUGUGGCUGCAGUGAGGGCCAAAUCGGCCCGCGUGGGUGGCAACUUUGCGGUGUGGGGCGCCACAUUCAGCGCCAUCGAUUGCACUCUGGUAUUUAUCCGUCAGAGGGAGGAUCCAUGGAACUCGAUUAUAAGCGGAGCGGCUACUGGAGGCGUCCUGGCAGCCAGGACAGGCUUGUACUCCAUGAUGAGCAGUGCCUUAGUGGGUGGUAUUAUCUUGGCUCUGAUUGAGGGCGUGGGCAUUGCCGUGGCCAGGUACUCGGCGGACACCUAUCGCCAGAUGUCACCGGUAGAGCGUUAUGAAAUUUUCAAACAACAACAAUUCCAGCUCCAACAAAAUCAGAAGUCAUCAGGAUUCACCUCCUUCUGCAGCGAUUUUCCAGAGGCGAAUCCAUCAUCGAUGUAAAAUUAUAUGCUGCGUCAUCGAUCAGUCGGCUAUCCAUCCGCGAUCCAUGGAUUCGACGAAUGCAUACAAAUUUGAUACCCAGAUUCUUUUGAUUGUUCAACGACAACGCCUCCAAAUCGGCGACUGGCGGCAAUCCGAUUUUAAUUAAAAUUCAUUUGUCGUACAUUGCAAGUUUUAGAAUUGUUAAUAUAUUGUCGUUUUCGUUUCUUGUUUA